ACGUCUGUUCUUUUCAGCUGAGAAUUCUGCUUCUGCAUCGGUCACCAUUUGACAGGUCCACCUUCACUGACUCCGUUUCCCGAUUUCACUUUUCAAGCCACCUUUCCGUCAGACUUUCAUCGUCAGUUCGAAUCAACGCGACGGUGUCGCACGGAUUAUGCGUUAGUUCGUCGAUCGACAUCCCGUGGAUACGUACCUGCUACUUGGAACCUCAACCUCCGAAUGACUUAACAAUGCGACCGUCUCGAAAGCAGAUGACAUGACAUUAAUGCGCACAGUGAUGAGGAACUGCGAUAUUAAUCGCCGCGUGCCGUCAGCGAAAGCAAAAAAUGUUUGUCAGGGAUCCCUGUGGCAUCGUAUGCAUCAUCGUUACCUAUGUGGCGGUGUUCUACGCUGACUACGUCGUGGUACGAUGGAUCGUGUUGCACACUAUGCAAGACAGCUUAUGGUGCCCCUUCCAUAUAAUAGCAUUUAACACUGUUGUACUUCUUCUGAUGAUGGCACAUUUGAAAGCUGUCUGCAGUGAUCCAGGCAUAGUACCCUUACCACAAAGUAGAAUGGACUUCUCUGACAUCCAUGUCUCUGGGGGAAACGACGACCACGAGGGGGAUGAUGAGAAGGACGAUUGGACAGUGUGCACUAGGUGCGAAACAUAUAGACCUCCUAGAGCACACCAUUGCAGAAUUUGUAAACGUUGUAUUAGAAGAAUGGAUCAUCAUUGUCCAUGGAUCAACAACUGUGUUGGCGAGAGGAAUCAAAAGUACUUCAUACAGUUUCUGGUAUACGUUGGUGCAUUAGCCAUCUAUGCUAUUAUUUUAGUUAUUACAUCCUGGAUCUAUGACUGCCCGCAAUGCAAUAAUGACAUUGCAGUCAAACAAAAUCGCAUUUUACAUUGUGUGAUAUUAGUUUUGGAGUCGGCAUUAUUCGGUAUGUUCGUCAUAGCGAUUCUAGUUGAUCAGUUUCAAGCGAUCUUAGGCGACGAAACUGCCGUGGAACGCGUGCAAGGUAUACAACAGCGCUAUCACAAUAAGAAUACACCACGAACUUUCACGCUUUUGUCUCAAGUAUGUGGAAAGAGCCAUCCAAUAUUUUGGCUACUACCUUGCCACAAUCCACCGCGUUACUCUUUCAGAAAGGACGCAUAUUUAAUCGAUCACGAAGUUUGAGAUUAUAUAAAAAACGAGUGUAUUAUGUGUCUGCACACGCGUGGUAUUUCAUUUUUUGUAUUAUUUUUUUUACGUAACAGUAUAUACAUAUUAGAGUAAUUGAUUCUUUGGAUUAGAAUCUUAAUACAUCUUUGUACGAAUUAUUGACAUAACAUAGAUUUGAGACUUGUAGCUAUAACGUUUCUACAGCGUGGAAAUAAUAUAUAUAUAUAUAUAUAUAUAUAUAUAUAUAUAUAUACACAUACACACACAUAUGUAUAAACAUUCAUAUAAAGACAAUUAAUAUAUAUUAUGGAUAUAUUAAUCAUUUGUAUACAUAAAUAUAUAUUUAUUUAAAUUGAAAAUAAAUAGCUUUAGUAUAUGUUAUUACUUAUGUUGAAACAUAUGUGAUAACAGAAUAUACAUAAAAAUGUAAUCGACAUUAUGUUAAUAAACUCAUUUUUUAUUCUUUUAAAGUAAAAUAUAUAAGGCUAAGUGAUAUUUCAAGAGUGAUACAAUUAAAUAAUAAUUCUUUAAUUUAAGAUAAUUAUCGCUAGGAACUGUGUCCUCGCCUAAUGAAUUUAUUCGCUGCAAGGAUUGUAUUGUAGUAUUCUAGAAAAUAAAAUUGUUAAUAUAAUUUCAAGAAA